AACAUCUUACGCAUAUUAUUGUCAUAUUCAUUACAGAUACAAAUAAAAUAGACUAAUACAGUAAAAUAACUAAACUCGAAAUUGGUUGAAAUGGACAAUAGGGUUGACAAAUGAAGCAUCAAACAUGUUAAUUUAAAAGUGAAUUUAUGCGUGUGUACAUGUCUCCGAUUGAGUAAUUAACCAUAUUAACAGCCAACAUUAAGAAUGCUUCUGUCAUUUUUAAACCAUGCGAUAAAGCAAUAAGCGAUAGUUAUGACAAUGACAACAAAGAUGCAAUGCCGUUUGAUUUGAUGGCCAUCACACGACGCCACUCUCACAUCCUGUUGUUGCGGAUUUUCGCACACCGUCAAUCCGUAUAUAAGCUCUAUCAGCUGAUCACAACGACAUCACUCAGCGAUCAGUAGUCUUCAGUAAAGCACAUCCUCCUACUGCAAUCAUCUCUCCAAUUAUGGCUUCCAAAUUCGUUCUGAUCGUCGCUUCUCUGGCUUGCGUCAGCGCUGGAUACAUCCCGAGCGACCACUCCCAUCUGUCCUACGGUGUGGCCCCGGCUUUGAGCUACUCCAACGUCAUCAAGAACGUUGCCCCAGUGCCAGUGCUGAGCAAGACCAUCCUUCCGGAGCCCCAGCUGUACCACGGAUACGCCCAGACUGCCCCGUCGGUUGUGGUCAGCAAGCCUCUGGCUCUUACCAACCCUCUGCCCGUGUCCUAUGCUGCCCCUCACUCUCUGUACCAGGCUCCGGCUCUCGAGUACACGAAGCCUCUGUCUUAUGGCCCAUAUGCCAAGACUGUGAUCGCUGCUGAGCCAACCUACGCCAAGACCAUCGUGUCGGAGCCCAUCUACACCAAGAACGUGUUCGUUGAGUCGAUCUACCCGGCCAAGACGCUGAUCGCUGAGCCCGUGUACGGCAAGAGCAUUCUCGCUCAGCCAGCUCCGAUCUACGGUGGAAAGGUCCUGUCUUAUGGCCCACAGGUCGCCUACGGAGGCUAUGGUGCCCAUGGCUGGUAAAUGGUUCGUCUGUGAUAACAUUUUUUUGUGUUGUGUCUAUUGAUUUGUGAUAUUUGAAAUAAAAUGUCAUUUUGAAGUAAAAUAACUGAUUAAGAGAUUUAAUAUUAUUAGAGCAUAUUUGAAUCUCGUUAUAACUCCUUCAAGUCACAUAAUACUCCAGUUGUUCACAGAACGAAACUCAUUAGUCUGCCCUUAAUCAAAUUAACAUUUCAUUUGCUUAAACGCUUCCCCUAUCCGUUCAGAUCAAUUUAUUGAGGUGAAUAUUAAAUGAGCUCCAACUGGUUUUUGCUUCGUUGCUUUGCGUUAUAAAUUAUAUGACUCGAGUAUGUGUUGAUAUGUGAUAAUUGGUUUGUGUGUUUUGCUAUCUGAUAGCUCUUUAAAGCGAUAAGCGACCGUAAGAGGGUAUCGAGUUAGGUAAUGAAUUUUCAUCUUCAAAUAAGUGAACCGUAAACCGUUAAGAAAGUACCAAACUCGGUUCGUCGCAUAUAAAAAGAAAGCAAACUGUCGUCACUCACCACAGUGUCAAUCUCGGUGUCAUCAAGUGCAAGUGGCUGGAACUUUCGCCCAGGAGCAAUAUGUCGCACCAAACGAUGAGAGUUUGUUUGAUCCUGAUUCUAAUUGCGUUGACAAAUGCAGAGUUAAGACACUUCGAAGAAGCGAAGCCUCAAAACCCGAUUAAAACGAAUUACAUUCCAACCGCUGUCAGCUACGUGAGCUUCGUUAGACACAUCGUUCCGAAAAGGGUGGGACAUUUAAAGGAACAUACUAAACCUCCGACCCAACCACCAACACAUUCGCCUAUUUACCGCAAUGCAAUGCAAACUGUUGCUCAAAAUGUGUCCAAUUCUUACACGAAGCCGUAUCCACAAGUAACUUCAAUUACAGCUUAUAACAUUCCCUACAGACGUCCAGUGACGAAACCACAAACAGCUUUCCCCAAUUUUAAAAACAGCGUGCAACCGACGGCAAACACUUACCGACCAAUCUAUCCCACUGGCUAUGCUGAACCGAUUUAUGUUCAAAGUAGGAUUCCUCUGGUCCCAAAGUACAGCGGCACGCUUCAAGGAACCAGCCCUCUGGUGAUCGGUGUACAGCAGCCGGCCUACGUAAGGAAGUACGUCCAGUUUGGAGCAUUUCAUCCGACCCGGGUGCGCAAAACGCUCACUUAUGCUCCCAGGCUAAGCUAUGUCCCGCAUGACUACCAAAGGGUGUAAACGAGUGGGCGGCUGUAGUGCCAAAUAAGUGACCAAAAAGCCCAAGAAUAAAUAAGUUAAAAAACGGGAACACCCUGAUCAAUGUUUGAGUCACCGUUUUCACCAUUCUAGAGCCUAAAAUCAAACAUAGUUUUGACAGAGCCAAAUUAUGGCCUACAUUACAACGCAGUGAAAAGAUUUCAUCCUUCAAAAAAGCCAUUGUUUAUGCAGCGAGAACCAAUUCGUCAAGUCACGGGGUAGCGCUGUCCCGGCUGUCAGGUACCGUGUGGUUACAGCUGCAAAUUCGUUUCACGCCUCCUGCUCGGACAGGUCUUUAAUCUACCGAUCAACAACGCUGUUAGUCGUCAGCUGCGCACUGUGACCCAGUGUGACCUUUCGGCGGGGUUUGGUGCUGUUUUUGCCGUACUUGGGGCAGUUUUAUUUGCACCACAAAUAUUUUGAAUUUGCCAGUUAAGUGAGGUUGAUUUGUUUUUUUACCACAUUAGAUUCGGCGAAGGACUAACUGUCGGUCGUCAUUUGAAUAGGAAAGAAUAACUACACAAUUUGCUAAAAUAAUCCGUCUACACGAAGAGGAAGAUCAUGUGGACAGUAUGAGGGCAAAUACAAUUUCGAAUACUCAUUUAUUGAAUAGGAAACAGAACAAUUUAUAGAACAAACUAAUAUUCCGAAACUAUUUUGAAAGAUCAUAGAAAAAAAUGGUUUUCCUAUAUCUAUUGAAUGUUCUGCUUAUGUCAACCUAGCUCGAAUGUUUCCCAUACCUUUAAAAGCUAUAAUUAAGAGUUAUAAAUUUUUUCGGGGCUUUAUUGUUUUACCACAGCCUAUUUGUGGGAUUUCGACCACAGCCUAUUUGUGGGAUGUUUUGAUAUCCAUCGAAGGUUACACCAUCAUUAGGAAUUAAUUAAUAAAACCCGUGCGCCCUUCUACUAAUUCCUAUUCUAAUGCGUUUCAAGAAUCGUGUCACAACAGCUGCUGUAGAAAAUCUAUCUAUUUGACGAUUGUGCUUGAGAAUGGAGAAACAGUAUUUCAACAGUAUUUGCAGCAAGAAACAGGAAGGUGAAUGAUAUCGAAAAAUAAAGGAUAAAAUAAAGUA